AUGGAAGUUGUUCAGGAGCUUGCACAGAAAACUCUCCAGUUCUGGAAUACCGUCCCCCAGGGUGCUCAAUGGGCCCUGGCGGGUGUCGGUGCCCUUUACGUUGUUCGAAAUGUUCUCUCUUUUGUUCAGCUGAUCCUCAGCUGCUUCAUCCUGAGCGGCACCAACCUUCGCAAGUACGGCAAGAAGGGCACCUGGGCCAUCGUUACCGGUGCUUCUGAUGGCUUAGGCAAAGAGUUUGCCCAGCAGCUCGCUGCCAAGGGUUUCAAUCUCGUCCUCGUCUCUCGUACCCAGUCCAAGCUCGAUGCUCUCGCUCGCGAGCUCACCCUGCGGUGGGCUGGCCUGCAGGUUAAGACUCUGUCCAUGGACUACACUCAGGAUAACGACGCCGACUAUGAGCGUCUGGCCAAGCUCAUCGACGGUCUGGACGUCGGCAUCCUGAUCAACAAUGUUGGCCAAUCUCACAGCAUCCCCGUACCGUUUCUCGAGACCGCUCGUGACGAGAUGCAAAACAUCAUCACCGUCAACUGCCUGGGCACCCUCAAGACCACUAAGGUCGUUGCCCCUUUCCUCGUCAAGCGCCGUAACGGCCUCAUCCUCACCCUCGGCUCCUUCGCUGGCGUUAUGCCUACCCCGUACCUCGCUACCUACAGCGGUAGUAAGGCCUUCUUGCAGCACUGGAGCGCUUCUCUGGCUUCUGAGCUUCAGCCCUACGGCGUCGACGUCCAGUUUAUUGUCGCUUACUUGAUCACCACAGCCAUGAGCAAGGUCCGUCGUACCAGCCUGCUCAUUCCCAACCCGAAGCAGUUCGUCCGCUCUGCUCUCGGCAAGAUUGGCCUUGACAGCAUUGAGAUGUUCCCCAACACCUACACCCCGUGGUGGAGCCACUCUAUUUUCAAGUGGAUCGUUGCUACCACCGUUGGCACUACCAGCCGCUUCACUAUCUGGUACAACCGGAAGAUGCAUAUCGACAUCCGUAACCGGGCGCUGCGCAAGGCUGCCCGGGAGGCUAAGAAGCAGGACUAA